AUGGUGGCCAGGGAAGUCGUCCAAGGUCACCUGAGCAAGCGUCGUGGGAAGCUAGCCGUCGGCGUGUGCGCCCGUCAGUCGAUUCGUCAACAAGUCCGGGAUGCAGUUCAGCCACAGACGGGGGCAGACAUCAAACUUUUCGACUUCGACCUCGAGCCGUGUCACACCUGGGCGGCCCCUUGUCGCGACAACGACGCGGUCACUAAUCUUGCGCAAAGUGAUCAUCAAAAGUGA